ACGAUCACAAAUACUGAUUACAACACCGUCUUUGAGAUCAAAGACGCGGUCAGGAAGGACACUGUGAAGUACAAAGUCCGAGCUGAAAACGUGAAUGGGUUUGAUGAAGAGUGGGUGGAGCUUGUUGUUUUAGGAAGACCUGCUCGCCCUGAGGGACCUUUAGAGGUCUCCAAUAUAACUGCCAAUGGUUGCAAGCUAAGAUGGAAGCCACCUCUAGACGAUGGUGGCAUGCCAAUCCAGGAGUAUGAGAUUGAAAUGUUCUGUCCUAAAACUAAGAAGUGGAUUAGAAAGGGGAAGGUGGCUGGGGAUAAAUUCCCCUUGUACUUUGAUGUUGAUGGUCUAGAAGAAGGAUUAGAAUACAAUUUCAGGGUUAAAGCUAUAAACGAUGAAGGAGAAUCUGAACCCCUGGAAGGAGAUAAGCCUUUCAAAGCAAAAAAUCCAUUUGAUGACAAACCCAGCAAGCCUGGAACACCAGAAAUCACUGACUACGACAAUGAAUCAGCUGAUAUUCGUUGGGGGCCAUCCGCAAGUGAUGGCGGUUCCCCUAUUACUCACUAUAUCAUCCAGAAGAAAGAAGCAUCUAAAGACUGGGAGGUUGUUGAUAAGUUGAGGACUCCGACUGGUAAUGAAUUGCUUGAGUUUAAGGUUACAGGUCUAGUAGAGAAGACCAAGGUCCAGUUUAGAGUUAUUGCUGUGAACAAGGGUGGAGAAUCAGAACCAAGCGACCCCUCACCCACUCACACCGUCAAGCACAGAAAACUUAAACCAAGGAUUGAUCGAACCAAUCUGACAAUCAAAUCUGCCAAAGUUGGAACCAUGGUUGAGCUUGAUGUCAAUAUUACUGGAGAGCCAUGUCCAGAGACCUCAUGGACCCUCAUGGGAGCUGAACUUGUCACCGCUGAUAAUAUCACUGUUAUUCACUCUGAAUACAAUACCAAGUUCAUCAUUGACAAGGGCACCCGGAAGAACACUCAGCGUUACAAGAUCACUGCCACAAAUAUUCAUGGUAAAGAUGAGGAGUUUGUAGAAAUUGUGUUCCUGGGUAGAUGUGGAGCUCCACUUGGUCCUCUGGAGGUGUAUGGGGUUACUAAGGAUAGCUGUAAACUCAAUUGGCGAGCGCCAGAGGAUGAUGGCGGUUAUCCGAUCUUGGAGUACCUCGUUGAAAAGAUGGACAAGGAAACUGGAAAAUGGGUUCCAGUCUGUAGAACUAAGCCAGACACUACCAACGCCCAAGUGAAAGGACUGCAGGAGGGGCAUGAAUAUUUAUUCAGGGUGAAGGCUGUCACCGAAGAAGGAGAGUCAGACCCUCUAGUGGCUGACAAAGCGAUAAAAGCAAAAGAUCCAUUUGGUCUCCCUGACCCACCAAUCAAGGUAGAACUGUGUGACUGGGAUGUAGAUCACAUGGACCUACAAUGGGGUUUCCCACCCAGUGAUGGGGGAGCACCCAUCAUCAAAUAUAAGAUUGAGAUGAGAAACAGUAAGAGUGAUGACUGGGUUCCUGUUGGAGAAUCUGAUGGUCCUAAGAAAGCCUAUACACAAUCUGGACUCACCAAGGGAGAAAAAUAUAGCUUUAGAGUCAGAUCUGUGAAUAAAGCUGGAGAUUCUGAGCCAAGUGAACCUACCCCUCUAGCUACUGCCAAACCUAGACGAUAUCCUCCCAUCAUUGACCGAGACUACCUUUACAAGGACAAAAUCUGGACAAGGACUGGCAAAGUUUUGAAAUUUGAGAAUCUUCCAGUUGAUGGUGAACCUGCUGCAAAGGUUUCCUGGUACUUCAAGGCAAGAAACCUUGCUGAAGACUCCAAUGCUACAAUCACAAAUGUUGACUACUUUACCAGCAUUGAGAUCAAGAACACUGUCAGAAAAAUGACUGGCAUGUAUUUGAUCAGGGCAGUGAAUGAGCAUGGAAAGGAUGAGGCUGAGGUGGAGUUUGUUGUACUUGGCCCUCCAGGUCCUCCAAGAGAUCUUGAAGUAGCAGAUGUACACAAAGAAGGAUGUAGAAUAAAAUGGAAGCCCCCUGCAGAUGAUGGAGGAAAACCUGUUCAGAAAUAUAUCCUUGAAAAACUGGAUACUGAAACUGGGAAAUGGUCUCCCUGCGGAGAAACUGAUGGAGACAAGACAGAACUGGAACUCGGUAACCUUGAAACAGGCAAGAAGGUCAAAUUCAGAGUCAAGGCUAGAAAUGAGGAAGGAGAUUCUGAUUGGCUUGAAGGCCCUGAUGAUGCAGUAAUGAUCAAGGAUCCUUUUGAUCCACCAGGACCUCCAGGACUACCAGAGGUGACCGACUGGACAGAAAAUUCGGUUAAAUUAAAAUGGUCUCCCCCUUUAAGAGAAAAUGGUGCCCCAGUUACCCACUACACCAUUGAGUACAGGGAGUAUGGCACUGACAAUUGGGUUGUAGGACCCAAAGUAAAAGCAAAGAAGUACCCAGAUGGUGAGGUAAAAGAUCUUACUCCUGGAAAGAAAUAUGAGUUCAGGGUAAAGGCAGAGAAUAAAGCUGGGCUAGGUGAGCCUAGUGAGUCAACCACUCCUCACUUCAUGAAGGCAAGAUUUGCUCCACCAAAGAUUGAUCGUACCAAUCUUGACCAGAAAGUAGUUAAAGUAAACCAACAAGUUGUUAUUGAAGUUGAUGUGUCUGGAGAACCUGAUCCUGAGAAGAAAUGGUUCUUCAAUGGAGAGGAGAUCAAAAGCACUGAGAUGAUUAAGGUAGCUCAUAGCUCUUACCAUACAAAACUAAUGCUAAUUCCUGCAAAAAGGAAUAUGAUUGGAAAAUACACCAUCAAAGCAAAGAACAACUCAGGUGAGGAUGAAGCAGAUGUGGAAAUAGUUAUCAAGGGUAAACCUUCUGCCCCAGAGGGGCCUUUAACUCCAUUUGAUAUUACUAAGAACAGUUGUAAGCUGAAAUGGAAACCUCCUAAAGAUGAUGGCGGAUCUCCAAUUGAAUAUUAUGAAAUUGAGAAACUAGAUCCACUGACUGGUCAAUGGCUUCCAGCUGGAACAUCUACUACCUGCGAGCAUACUGUUAAACCAUUGAGCGAAGGAAAGGAAUACAAGUUUAGAGUGAGAGCUGUCAAUAAAGAUGGAGAAUCUCCUGAUCUUGAAGGAGAUGAAUCCAUCAUAGCCAAGAACCCCUUUGAUCCUCCAAGCAAGCCUGAUGCUCCUACUCCCUUGGAUUGGGGUCCAGACUUCUGUGAUCUCAAGUGGAAAGUGCCAUCAAGUGAUGGAGGAUCUCCUCUUACUGAAUAUAUCAUUGAGAUAAGAGAUAAGGACAAAAGAGCCUGGAAAGAAGCUUUCAAAACUAAAGCAGGAACUCUAGAGGGCAAAUGCUCUGCACCAAUUAUAGUUGAAAAUCAUGAAUAUGAAUUUAGAGUUAUUGCUUGCAAUGCUGCAGGACCUUCAGAACCAAGCGACCCAUCAAAAACAAUCAAGGCCAAGAUUAGGUUCAUGAAGCCAAGAAUUGACAGGAAAACACUUCAGAAGAAGGUUCUUCAUGUUGAUCAAAUGCUAAGGAUUGAGGCAGAUUUUGUAGGUGAACCUGAUCCCAAUGUUGUCUGGUUCCUUCCAAAUGGAGACAAACUAACAGCGGAUGACAGAUACAACCUAGACAUCAAUAUUGAAGACAGACACACUUCUCUUGUGGUUAGAAAAUGCACCAGAAAAGAUACUGGUAUCUACAAAAUUACAGCCAAGAAUGAUCAAGGCUCAGAUGAAGCAGAGUGUGAUGUUCUUGUGGUUGGAGUUCCAGGAAAACCCAUGGGACCUCUUGAGGUCUCCAACAUCACAUCCCAUUCUUGCCAUCUAGACUGGAAACCACCAAAGGAUGAUGGUGGAGAUCCAGUAAAGUACUACAUUGUAGAGAAAAUGGACACAGAGAAAGGUGUUUGGUUACCAUGUGGAGAAACAGAGGGUAAAACUUGUGAGUUUGAUGUAGAAGGUCUGAAUGAAGGCUGCUUUUAUUUGUUUAGAGUCAAAGCAGUAAAUGGACAGGGUGAGAGUGAACCUCUGGAAGCCGAUGCAGCAAUUCUUGCCAAGAACCCAUAUGAUCCCCCUGGUCCUCCUGAAAAACCAUCUAUUGAGGAUUGGGACAGAAAAUGGGUGAAAAUGAAAUGGGAACCACCUCAAGAUGAUGGAGGUUCCAGGAUAACUCAUUAUAUUGUUGAGAAACAAGAGGAGUUUAGCUCCAAAUGGAUUAAGGCAAUGGACACUGACACUGAUGAUUGUUAUGCUAAGGUAACUGAUCUAACUGAACAUAGCAAGUAUAAAUUCAGAGUAAAGGCAGUUAACAGGGCAGGACCAGGACAGCCUUCUGAACCCUCAAAUGAAGUCACAUGCUGUACUAGAAAUGCUCCUCCAAUCAUUGAUAGAACCAACAUGGAUCCAGUUAGGGUGAAGGUUGGAGAACCCUUGAAACUUAACAUUAAGGUUUCUGGUGAACCUGAUCCAGAUAAAACCUGGUGGCUGGGUAAAACUGAAAUCAAAUCUUCAAUCCAUCUUAACAUCAACUAUGAAUCUCACAAAACAGUGUUCCAUGUUGUUGCUGCUAAACGUGAGUACACGGGUACUUACACACUCAAAGCUAUCAAUAAGAACGGCAGAGAUGAAGCUGAUCUUGAGGUUCUAUGUGUUGGACCACCAGAUGUUCCCCAAGGACCAGUCAUUUAUGAAGAUAUCUUUGCUGACAGAUGCUCUAUUCUAUGGAAGGUUCCCAAGGAUGAUGGAGGGUCUCCAAUUACUCACUACAUUAUUGAAAAGAUGGAGGUUGGUGAUGAAGCUUGGGUUCCAUGUGGUAAAACUAAAAGCUUGAGAAUUACUAUUGAAGGACUUGAGGAAGGUCAUGAGUAUUUGUUCAGAAUAAAGGCUGUUAAUGCUGAAGGUGAGUCAGGCUACCUGACAAGCUCUGAUAGUGUCCUUGCUAAAAAUCCCUAUGAUCCUCCAGGCCCACCAGGCAAACCUGAGUGUGUGGAUUAUGAUUAUGACUUCUUUGAACUUAAAUGGGCCCCACCCAAAAAUGAUGGAGGUUCCAGAAUUUUCAACUACAUCAUUGAAAAGCGCAACUCAAAUGAUGACACUUGGACAAAAUGUGGAGAAACUAAAGAGCAGCUUGAGCGUGGAAAAGCAACUGGAGUUGAAGUUGGACAAACCUAUAACUUCCGUGUUCGUGCUCAGAAUGCAGGAGGUGUUGGACCUCCUGGCCCAGAAUCUGACAAUCUCAAGUGCAAGUAUAAGGCACUGAAACCAAGGAUUGACAGAAAAUCCUUGAGAGAAAUUACCAUUAGAGUUGGAGAAUCUUUAGAUUUCAAAGUAGAUAUUCAAGGAGAGCCUGCACCAGACACUACAUGGUCUAAGGAUGGAAAAACUCUCAGUGACACUGAAACCAGAAAGAUCACUCAUAAACCCUAUAAAACUUGCUUCUAUGUUGAUGAGGCCACUAGGAAAGAUGAUGGAAUUUAUCUCAUUAAUGCUGUCAAUAUGCAUGGAAAAGAUGCAGCAGAAGUUAGAGUUUAUGUUAUUGGCCCCCCUGGACCUCCUGAGGGUCCUUUGGAAAUUAAUGGAAUUCACAAAAAUGGAUGUAAACUUCACUGGAAACCUCCAAAGGAUGAUGGAGGCUUGCCCAUUGAAUACUAUAUUGUUGAAAAGUAUGAUACUGAUACAGGUAUCUGGUCCCCAGUAGGAACCAGUCCAUCUUGUGAUAUUGAAUGCAAAGAUCUUGAGCCUGGCAAGGAAUAUGAGUUCAGAGUUAGAGCAGUUAAUGAAGAAGGAGAAUCUGCAAAUUUGAAAUCAAUGAAGCCUAUCAUUGCCAAAGAUCCAUUUACAGUUCCCAUGCCACCAAGUGUUCCAGAGAUUGUUGACUGGAGUGAGUCCCAUAUGGAUCUGGAGUGGAAGGAACCUAUUGAUGAUGGAGGCUCCCCAAUCACUGGAUAUAUUAUUGAAAAGAAGGUGCGUCACAGCUCAGAAUGGGUUGUUUGCCAGCAAAUAGAAGGAAAUCGGAAGAAGGGAAGUGUUCAUGGUCUAACUGAAGGAGAUGAAUAUCAGUUUAGAAUUAUUGCUCUGAACAAAGCUGGACCCAGUGAACCUGGUCAACCCUCAAGACCUAAGGAAGCAAGAGCAAGAUUCCUUCCCCCAAAGAUUGAUCGUAAAAACCUAAAAGACAUUACUGUCUCUGCCGGUGACAUGCUUAAGUUUGAUGCUAAUAUCAUUGGUGAACCACCAGCAACAGUAACCUGGAGGCAUGAAAGUGAACUUAUUGAUUCCAGAACAGAUAAAUCCAUGAUAAUCACAAAUGUUCCGUACAACACAAAGAUGGUGAUAAGAAGCUGCAGAAGGAAUGACCAAGGACAGUACGAGAUUUUGGCCAAGAACCAAUGUGGAAAGGAUCAAGUCACUGUAAAUCUAAGAGUUCUUGACAAACCAGGACCUCCAGAGGAGCUGAAGACAUCAGACAUAUGCUCAACGGGCUGCAGUCUGUCUUGGAGAAGGCCAAAGGAUGAUGGUGGCUGCCCCAUUGAAUAUUAUCAAGUGGAAAAGAUGGAUGUAGAAACUGGCCUCUGGAUUCCAUGUGGGAGAUCUGAAGAUUGCCAAAUUGUUGUCAAGGGCCUGACCCACAUGAAGAGAUAUAAGUUCAGAGUAAGCGCAAUCAAUGAAGAAGGAGAAUCAGAUCCUUGCACCAUGAAGGAUGAGAUAGUUGCUAAGGAUCCCUUUGGUGAACCUGGUCCUCCAAUUCAUCUGGAGCUGGUUGACUGGGACCAGGACUCUGUUGAUCUCAAAUGGGAACACCCCAGAGAUGACGGAGGAUCUGAAAUCACCAAUUAUCUAAUUGAGAAGAAAGAUUCAUCUGGUAAAUGGACAAGAGCCCAUGAAGUACCUGGAACCUUUACUAAGUGCACUGUUCCCAACCUUACUGAGGGUGAAACUUAUGAGUUUAGAGUCAAGGCAAUCAAUGCUGGAGGAGCAAGCCAGCCUUCUAAUGAAGUUGGACCAGUAACCUGCAAAGCUAGAAAUCUUCCUCCCAAGAUUGAUCGUACAAACAUGAAUGAAGUCAGGUGCAAGGCUGGAGAAACCUUUAGCUUUGACAUUAAUGUCAGUGGAGAGCCUAUCCCUGAAAAGAAAUGGAUGAUAAACCAAGAGGAAAUAACUGUUACUGAAAAGAUCAAGAUUGUCCAAACUCAUCACAACAUCAAGCUUAUUGUGCGUGCAGCAACAAGGAAGGAAAAUGGAAUGAUGACAUUAACUGCAAGAAACAGUAAUGGUUUUGAUUCAGCUGAGGUGCAAGUCACUGUUCUAGAUGUACCAAGUGCUCCAAUUGGACCACUUAGAGUUAAGAACAUGACUGCAAGUGACUGUACAUUGGAAUGGAAAGCCCCCAAGGAUGAUGGAGGCAUGGCUAUUCAGUAUUACAUAGUUGAGAUGUGUGAUGAGAGUGCCUCUGCAAGAUGGACCCAGAUUGGGGAAACCCUGGGAGCUGUAACAACAUAUGAUGUGCAAAGCCUUACUGAAAACCAUUACUACAGGUUUAGAGUCAGAGCUGUCAAUAAGGAAGGAAAGAGUGAACCUCUUGAAACCUCUGGUGCAUAUCAAGCUAAAAAUCCCUUUGAAGUUCCAUCCAAACCUGGAAGACCCAAGGUUAUUGAUUUUGAUACUCCCUGGGUUGAACUUGAAUGGGACAAACCAGAAUGGGAUGGAGGCAGUACAAUUGCUGGAUACAUUAUUGAAAAGAAAGACACUUACAAUGCAAGAUGGGAAACUUGUGCAAAAACUGAGGGAGAGGUUCCUGUUGGAAAAGUUAAGGGAUUGGUUGAAGGUGUUGUUUAUGAAUUCCGAGUCAAAGCUUAUAACAAAGCUGGAGAGUCUGAACCUUCUGAUCCUUCUAUUCCACACAGAGCAAGACCCAAGAACGCUGCACCAAGAAUUGACCGAAACUCAAUGAUGGACAUCAAGAUUUUGGCAGGAGAACCUUUGAACAUUAAUGUUCCUGUUGAUGGUGAGCCACCUCCAAUGAAGACAUGGACCAAGGAUGGUUCAGGUCUUGAUGAUGGCAUGAGACUAAUGAUACACAAUGAGGAAUACAGAUCAACUGUAAGAAUCAGUGAAAGUAAGAGGUCUGACUAUGGUGUUUAUCAGCUUGUUGCUAAAAAUAAGAAUGGAACUGACACUUGCACAUGUAAUGUCAUUGUUCUGGAUGUUCCCGGCCCUCCAGAAGGUCCAGUUGAACCCAAAGAUAUUCAUAAAGACUACAUGGUUGUUCACUGGAAAUUACCUAAAGAUGAUGGAGGAAGUGAGAUUAAGCAUUAUAUUGUUGAAAAGCAAGACCAGGAUAACAUGAGAUGGGUCCCAUGUGGAGAUUCCAGAAAGCUCUUCUUGAAGGUUGAAGGUUUGAUUGAAGAACAUGAAUAUAAAUUUAGAAUCAGAGCAGUCAAUGCCCAAGGAGAGGGUGGACCUCUCAUUGGACCUUCUGAAGCUGUUGUAGCCAGAGAUCCUUACAAGCUUCCUGGCAAGCCUGGCAAACCAUCUGCAGAAGAUUGGGAUGUUGACAGAAUUGAUUUGAAAUGGGACCCACCUAGAAGUGAUGGUGGAAGUGCAAUUAAGACUUGGAUCAUUGAGAAAAAGAACAAGUUUGGACUAUGGGAGAAAGCAGCAGAGGUUCCAGGACCUCAACCAAAGGGUUCUGUCAGAGGACUUACAGAAGGUGAAGAAUACAUCUUUAGGAUAAUUGCUGUAAAUGAUGCUGGUGCAGGUGAACCUGGAGAACCUUCAGACCCCAUUACUGCAGAAGCAAGGUAUGUUAAACCAGAAAUUGACACUUCAGCAAUGCAAGAUAUGGUUGUUCGUGCUGGACAGAGGAUCAACUACACUAUUCCCAUCAAGGCUGCACCUAAACCAAAGAUCAUUUGGAGAAUCAACAAGAAAGAAGUUGUUUGUGAUGAACAUUUUGACAUUCAAAAUCUCAGGCGUCAAACAAUUUUAGAUAUUGCAUUCUCGAAAAGAAGAGAUGCCGGAUUGUACUCUCUGGAAGUUACUAAUGAACUUGGAUCUGCCUUUGCAAAGGCUAAUGUCACUGUUCUUGAUAGACCUGCUGCCCCUGAAGGUCCUCUGAAACUAUCUGGAGUUACAGCCUCUAGCUGCAACUUAGCUUGGGGGGCUUCUCCUGAUGAUGGAGGAUCACCCAUAACUCACUAUCUUGUUGAAAAAAUGGAUCUUAGCAGAGGAUCAUGGGUUGAGGCAGAGAUUACAACUGAGUUUAAGUGUGUGAUCAGAAGCCUAGUCCACAAAAAGGAAUACUUGAUGCAGGUAAAAGCUGUGAAUGCCAUUGGAGAAUCUGAUCCACUUCCUCUGGACAAAUCAUUUAUUGCAAGAAAUGCAUCAGAUGUUCCUGAGGCACCUGGUAGACCAUCUGCAUAUGAUUGGGACAGAACCUUUAUUGAUUUGACAUGGAAUAAGCCUCUUAAUGAUGGCGGAAGUCCCAUUGAAGGAUACAUAAUUCAAGUAAAACCUAAAGGAAUGUCUUCCUGGAGAGAAUGCACUACCAUUUCAAGGGAUAUUAACAAGGGUAGAGCUGAUGAGCUAAUAGAAGGAGAGUACUACCAGUUCAGAAUAAUAGCUUUCAAUGCUGCUGGACAAUCUCCUCCUGGAGAACCUAGUGAUCCUAUUCAAGCUAGACCCCGCUAUCUUGCUCCAAAAAUACUUACUCCUCUUACUGAUGUUAAUGUCAAGGCUGGAAACAACUUCACCAUUGAUGUUGAGUACAUUGGAAGUCCAGAUCCUAAUGUUAACUGGUAUGUUGAUGGAACUCCAUUAGUAACAGAUGAAAGGACAACUGUUUCUGCCAUUGCACCCAUCACAACUUUCCAUAUUGUUAACUGCAAGAGGUCUGACACUGGAGAUAUUGUUAUAAAGCUAGUAAAUGAGUCAGGAUCAGACAAAGGAUCCUUCUUUUUCAACAUUCUGGAUGUUCCAGGACCCCCAACUGGACCAAUUGAGUUUGAAGAUGUUGACAGCAACUCUGUUACUAUUUCCUGGAAAGCCCCGAAGGACAAUGGUGGAUCUGAUAUAACAAGCUAUGUUAUUGAAAAGAAAGAUCUUGAUCAUGCUGGUGGCUGGGUUCCUGCUGUCAAUUAUGUUGCAGCUAAUGUGUUUACACAGAGGGUACCAAGACUACUUGAAGGAAAUCGCUAUGAGUUUAGAGUCUUUGCUGUUAAUGCCCAAGGCAGAGGAGCUCCAACUACAUCAGAUGAAGCUAUGCCACAAGCACAAUUUGAUGUUCCUGGAAAGCCUGGAAGGCCAUUUGCAGUUGAUGCAGACAAACACUUUAUCAAAGUUGGAUGGAAACCACCAACACAUAAUGGAGGAUCUGAAAUUACUGCUUAUGAUGUUGAAAGAAGAGAUAUGCUUGGUGGAAGAUGGAUUAAGGUUAAAUCUAAUGUCACCAAGACAGAGUUCCAUGAUACUGAUGUAACUGAAGGCCACCAAUAUGAAUACAAGGUCAGAGCUUACAACAAAGCAGGACCUGGUCCUCAUUCUGAUCCUUCCCUUUCUCUGACAGCCCGCCCAAUGAAGGCAGCUCCUAAGUUAGACAUUGAUGUUCUCAGCAAAAGAAUACGAGUCAAGGCUGGUGAGGAAAUUCAUGUUCUUAUCCCCUAUGUAGGUUCCCCAAUUCCCAAUGUAGAAGUUUCUAAAGAUGGAAAGUCUAUGCACAGCAAGAGGUUCAACUGUGAGGUCAAAUCUGAGCUUAUUUCAUUUUACAUUGAAAACUCAAACAGACUUGACACUGGAGUCUACCAGAUUACAGCGUCUAAUGAAUAUGGAAAAGAUACUGGAAACUUGUAUGUUACUGUUGUGGACAGACCAAGUCCUCCUAUUGGCCCAGUUGUGUAUCAAAAUGUUGAAAAGGACCAGAUCAAGAUUCAGUGGCAAGUACCAGAUGAUGAUGGUGGUUGUGAUAUCACAGGUUAUAUCAUUGAAAAGUGUGAUUAUGGAUCAAAUGAUUGGAUGUCAUGUCCUGGAUAUGCAACUCACUGUGAGUACACUGCAAGAAGCUUGAUUGAAGGCAAGUUAUAUGUUUUCAGAAUUAGAGCUGAAAACAUGAUUGGUGUGUCAGAUGCUCUUGAAGGAAAGCAUGUUGAAGCAAGAUCACCCUAUGAUCCUCCAGGACCCCCUGGUCAGCCUCAAAUUGAUGCCUAUUCCCCUUCAAGUGCAACCAUCACAUGGAGCCCACCAACUGAAACUGGUGGAAGACCCAUUUCUGGAUACUUUAUUGAAAAGCGAGAAUUGGGAUCUGAAUGGAUCAGAGUUAACCAUUAUCCUACACCUAACCUCAACUACAUUAUUCCUGGCUUGAGAGAGGGAGCACGAUAUGAGUUCAGAGCAAUUGCCUGUAAUGAAGCUGGUCCUGGACAACCAUCAAGACCUUCUGAGCCCAUGACAGCUGGUGUUCAAAAAUUCCCCCCGGGACCACCAGAUGGUCUGAACCCAGACAGAAUCACCAAGAAUACUGUGAGUUUGUCUUACAGGCCACCAAGAAAUGAUGGUGGAUCAAAGAUUAAGGGAUAUAUCAUUCAAAAGAAGCAGAAGGAUCAAGCUGAAUAUGAAGAUAUUAAUGGAUAUCCUCAUGCAGACCUAACAUACACAGUUCUGAAGUUGAGAGAGAAAGAUGAAUAUUCUUUCAGAGUUUGUGCAGUCAAUGACGUUGGCAGAGGUGAGCCUUCUCGCCCCACUCCCAAUAUCAAAAUUGGAGAGCAACCUAAUCAACCAAAGAUUGAUUUGUCUGGAAUCAGGGAUAUCAAGGUCAGAGCUGGAGAAGAUUUCUCUGUCAAUAUUAACUAUACUGGAUUCCCCAAGCCAACCGCUCAGUUCUGGCGAGAGGAAACAGAGCUUUCUUCUGAAGUCAGAAUUGUUAUUCAAGUUACUGAAGAGUUUGUUUCUAUAAUUGUAAGAAACUCUGCCAAGGCUGAUGCUGGACAUUAUAGACUUAAACUUAUGAAUGACUCCGGAUAUGAUACAGCCACUUUCCAUGUAACUGUGUUGGAUAGGCCUGGACCACCAAGAAAAAUUUAUGCCACAGACUUUGCAGGAGAAUCUUUCAACCUCAACUGGUCUGCUCCUUUUGACAAUGGUGGAUCUCCAAUCACCAACUAUAUUGUUGAAAAGAGGGAGGUUGGUGGAACUUAUGCUAAAGUUAGCAGCUAUGUGACCACUUGCUACACAAGAAUACGUAAUCUUGUGGUUGGGAAAGAUUAUGAAUUCAGAAUAUAUGCUGAAAAUCAAUAUGGUAUAUCUGAUCCUGCUGAAACUGAUGAACCUAUUAAGGCUAAACAUCCAUUUGAUCCCCCAGGUGCCCCUGGACAACCAAGAGAUUUGUCAUCCACCUCUGAUUCUAUUACUAUUCAAUGGACAAGACCUAGACAGGAUGGUGGAUCUCAUAUUCUUGGAUAUUUCAUUGAAAAGAGAAUGGUGGGAGGAUCUUGGACUAAGGGAUGCCACUCCAUGAUUAAUGAUCUCACCUACAAGGUUUCAGGACUUUCUGAGAACAAUGAUUAUGAGUUUAAAGUAUCUGCUGUAAAUGCAGCAGGACAGGGUCCAUGGAGCGCACCAUCUGAACCAAUUAGAUGUUCACCUGCUAAAUGUGCUCCUAAGAUUACUAGUGAUCUAAGCCUAAGGGAUAUGACCAUUAUAGCAGGACAUGAAAUCAGCAUUACUGUUCCAUUUGUUGCAUCUCCUCAACCAAAAUCUCACUGGAGCAUAAAUGGAUAUGAAAUUUCCCAGGAUACAAGAAUAUCUUUGGAGCUUAACAGCUAUGAAGCUAAGUUUUACAACAAGAAGGCCAAAAGAUCUGAUACAGGAACAUACAAUAUUCAGCUUACUAAUUCUGAGGGCAGCGAUCAAGCAACAUGCAAGGUACUUGUUGUGGAUAGACCUGGGCCACCCCAGAAACCUAUUGAUGCUUAUGAUAUCACUCCAGAGACAUGCACACUCUCAUGGAGACAGCCCUCUGAUGAUGGAGGUUCCAACAUCACAAACUACAUUGUUGAGAAAUAUGAUGUCUCCGGAGGUUUCUGGACAAAAGCAUGCAGCUUUGUCAGAGGUCUUCAUUAUGAAGUUAUUGGUCUUGAGCCAAACAAGAAGUAUAGUUUUAGAAUUAGAGCUGAAAAUCAAUAUGGCUUGUCUGAUCCUACAGAAAUUGAUGAACCAAUAACUGCUAAAUUCCCCUUUACAGUGCCUGAUCCUCCAGGAAGACCAAAGGCUGUGGCAGAAACUACUUCUGCUGUGAAUCUACAGUGGGAGAGGCCAUAUUCUGAUGGAGGAAGUAAGAUUCAAGGUUAUAGGGUUGAAUACAGAGAGGUUAGUGAGGCAAUAUGGAUUUCUGCAACUGGGGCAUUAGUCAAAUCCCAGACAUAUACUGUAUCUGGCCUUGUCACCGGAAGCACUUACGAGUUCCAAAUUAAGGCAACAAAUGCUGCAGGAGACAGCAGACCAUCUCAACCAUCAGGAUCAUUUGAGCUUAAGGCUAAAGCAAAUCCCCCUGGUCCUCCAGGUUCUCCCAUUGUUACCAAAGUUGGCAAGAGUUAUGUUGAUCUUAAAUGGUCUGUUCCUGCUUAUGAUGGGGGUGCAAAGAUCACUGGAUAUAUUGUUGAAGCUAAAGAGGGCAGUGGAAUGUGGUAUAGAAUCAAUGAUUACAAUAUUACAGAUCUAUCUUAUACAGCUAUCAAUCUCACCAAUAACUCUGAUUAUGAGUUCAGAAUCCUUGCAGUCAAUUCUGCAGGUAAAAGCGAUCCAUCAAUGCCUAGCAGCCCUGUUAAAGUACAAGAGAUUUCUGAUGGUACAGUUCCUGAGUUUGUAAAGGGACUUCACAACUGUGGUGUAGGAUUAGGUAAGAGACUUUGUCUAGAGACUGAAGUCACAGGAAAGCCAAAACCCAGUGCAAGAUGGCUAAGAAAUGGAAGAGAGGUUACAGAACACCCUGGAAGAGUUAAGUUUGAAGAAAAGAAAACUGAUAAGAGUUCUUUCUUCAUGAUGAUCAUUGAAGAAAUUUGGGAGAUUGAUGAUGGGGAAUACUCCUGCCAAGCUUACAACUCUAUGGGAUUCACCACUUCCAGCUGCAGGGUGAAAGUUGGUGCUCCUCCUAGGAUUGAAUACAUUCCAAGUGAAUUACAUCUGCCUGAAGGAGACAACACUAAGAUCAAGGUGAAAUGGUCAGGAGAUAUGCCAUUUGUUGUCAAAAUAUUCAGAAAUGGUGAAGAACUUGUUGAUAACUCUAGAGUUAAGAUGACACUGUUUGAUGAGUUCCUUAUAAUUUUUAUGAGAGACAUCAAAAAGGAGGAUGCUGGCAAGUAUACUGUAAAAGUCUCGAAUUCCAGUGGUUCAACUGAAGAAUCUUUUAUGGUUUACAUUUCUGGACUUCCUGGAGCACCUAUUGCACCUCUUGAGGUUUCAGAGAUUACAAGCCAUACAUGCAAGCUUGCUUGGAAUCCACCUGACUAUGAUGGAGGCUCCAAGAUUACUCAUUAUGUUGUGGAGAGACGUGACAUUCGCCAUAAUGAAUGGAUAGUCAUUGCUAGUUUUUGCAAAAGCACAAACUUUGCAGUCCAAGGGCUUACAGAAGGCCAGGAGUAUCUCUUUAGAAUAUUGGCAGCUAAUGUCAAUGGUACUGGACCUCCACUUGAUGGAGUUAAUCCAAUCAGAGCUAAACCUCCUCAUGAUCCUCCAUCAGCUCCCGGCAAACCUUCCAUUGUUGCCGUUGGUGGUGACUUUGUCAAUCUUUCUUGGGAUAGACCUGAGAUGGAUGGAGGUUCCAGAAUUAAGGGAUACUGGAUUGAAAAGAGAGAAAUAGGACUUGACAUCUGGCAGAGAGUCAAUCAAUACCUUCACUCAGCAACUCAAUUCAAUAUCUCUAACCUUAUUGAAGGAAGAUCCUAUGAAUUCAGGAUUUUUGCUGAAAAUGACAUUGGUGUGAGUGCAGCAUCACCUAACUCACAACAAGUGGUUGCUAAGGAUCCAGAUGAGCCACAACCUCCAGAGAUCAUUGCUCCUUUGAAGGACAUUGCUGCUAUUGAGGAUAAGGAUGGUCAGUUUGAGUGCAAGCUCACUGGAAUACCUAAACCAAAGGUUACAUGGUACAAAGGAGCCCGAGAACUGUUUAAUAGUGGUAAGCAUGAAAUUACACAGAUUGGAACCAGUUACUUCCUUACAGUUAAGAAUGUAUUUGGAGAGGAUGAGGAUACUUAUACAUGCCGUGCAUCUAACAGUGGAGGCACCAAAUCAUCAAAGGCAGAGCUUAAAAUCAAACAACCACCUAGACUUAAUGUUCCUCCAAGAUUCAGAGACUCUGCAUUCUUUGAUAAGGGUGAGAAUGCAGUUAUUAAAGUACCUUUCACUGGAAACCCCAAGCCAAGAAUUUCAUGGAAGAAGGACAAUGAGUUUGUUGAGAGUGGAGCUCACUUCCAAGUGAAAACUGAGGAACGUCAUGCUCUUCUAACAAUUAUGGAUUGCUCUAAAGAUGACAGUGGUCCAUAUACAAUCACUGCUGAUAAUGAGCUUGGAACCGAUUUUGCUCUUAUCAAUGUAAAUAUUUCUGAUCGUCCUGAUCCUCCAAGGUGGCCACAGACUAGCCAGAUUGGAACUGAUUCUUUAGUUUUGGAAUGGCAAGUUCCAAGCUGGGAUGGUGGUUCUUCAAUUACCAACUAUGUGGUAGAAAAGCAGGAGCUUCCAAUGACAAGCUGGUGUAGAGUUGGACACACUAGGUUUACACUUAUGCCUGUGACUAACUUGAUUCCUGGAAAUGAAUACAAAUUUAGAGUUUUUGCAGAAAAUGUCUAUGGACGAUCAGAUCCAAGUGAUGAGUCUGGAAUUUGUCAAACCAAGGGAAUUCUUAAGAAGAAAACAGCAAGGACUCAGUAUAAGAUUGACCCAGACACUGGAAAGAAGAUCAGAGGCCAAAAAUGUGAGGUUAAGGACUACGACCAAUUUGUAUUUGACAUUUAUGCCAAAUAUAUUCCUCAACCUGUGGAAAUCAAGACUCAGGAUAGUGUAUACGACCAUUAUGAUAUUCUCGAAGAAAUAGGAACUGGUGCCUUUGGAGUUGUUCAUAGAUGCAGAGAGUUAAAAACUAGCCAUGUUUAUGCAGCAAAAUUCAUUCCGAUUGGACAUGCCAUGGAGAAGGCUCUGAUCCGUAAGGAGAUUGACAUAAUGAAUCAUCUACAUCACUGCAAACUUAUUAACCUUCAUGAUGCCUUUGAAGAUGAGGAUGAAAUGGUUCUCAUCUUUGAAUUCGUGUCUGGUGAAACCCUAAUGGACCGCAUGUAUUCCAGUCUGUCCGGCGGGGAACUCUUCGAAAGAAUCACUGCUGAGGGCUAUACUAUGAGUGAAGCUGAAGUCAUCAACUACAUGAGACAGAUUUGCGAAGGAGUCAAGCAUAUGCAUGAAAGAAACAUUAUUCAUCUAGAUAUUAAACCUGAGAAUGUAAUGUGUACUACCAGCAAGAGCACUAGUGUUAAGAUCAUUGACUUUGGUCUUGCCACCAAGCUUGAUCCUAAUGAACUAGUCAAGAUCUCAACUGGAACUGCAGAAUUUGCAGCUCCUGAAAUUGUUGAAAGAGAGGCUGUAGGAUUCUAUACAGACAUGUGGGCUGUUGGCGUGCUAGCUUAUGUUCUUCUCUCAGGUCUAUCUCCAUUUGCUGGAGCCAGUGAUAUCGAGACAUUGAAGAAUGUCAAGGCCUGUGACUGGUCCUUUGAUGAAGAGGCUUUCAAGAAUGUUAGUGAAGAAGGCCGAGACUUUAUCAGAAAGCUUCUUGUAAAGCAGAAGGAGAAACGUUUGUCAGCACAUGAAUGUCUUACUCAUGCUUGGUUAACUGGAGAUCACUCUCACAAAACUCUGGAAAUUGCUAGAAAUAGAUUCUUUGCCAUCAGAGAAAAGAUCAGGCAGAAGUAUGCAAACUGGAAUGACUUUGUACUUCCCAUGGGGCGCAUGUCUGAAUUUAGUUCUCUACGCAAGCUCCAAAUGGAGAAGUAUCGAAUGCAAGAGGUUCUUAUAGAUCGCAAAUGUGCAGCACCUAGAUUUGUUAUUAAACCUCAAUCAACAUUUACUCUGGAGGGUCAAAGUGCUAGAUUCACAUGUAGAAUUAUUUCCCUGACAAACUGUUCUGUGACAUGGUACCACAAUAAUGUGGAACUCAGACAGAGUGUCAAGUAUAUGAAAAGAUAUAUCGGGGACGACUACACCUUUAUCAUCAACAGGUGUAAGGUAGAAGACCGUGGGGAGUUCAUUAUCCAUGCUGAAAACCACUACGGUGUAACUGAGGAGCCUGUCUUCCUAAAUGUACAACCGGUGCCUAAGGACCUUCCCAGAUAUGAACCUGAACCUCUUCCAGUCAGAAAGAGGGAGUUGCAGACUUACAAACUGUACAGAGAGGAGAAGGAGUGCGCUCCCAUGUUUACAUUCCACCUUAGACCCCGCGUUAUGCAAGAAGGAGCAACAUGUAAGCUCCUAUGUUGCUGCACCGGUAUACCUCACCCAGCCAUCAAGUGGUACAAGGCUGGUAAAGAAUUGGACUCCGAUAAGUUCCCCAUCACCCAUACAGAUGGUGUUAUUACCAUUGAGAUUAUCAACUGCCAACCUUCUGAUUCUGGAAAGUACAAGUGUGUUGCCACAAACAGUUUAGGCUCUGACUCUACCGACUGUGUAGUUAUUGUUGAAGGAAACAAUAUGUCAGAGGAACAGAGGCAAAUGUCUGAUUCUAUCCUAUACUCAGAUCGUCGAUUCACCGACCACAGCAACAACCGAGUAGUCCAUGCUCCAACUGUACGCAUCUCUGAACCCAACGGCGUCAAUCCUAAAGAUGUCGCUGACGCACUCGGAAGUGGAGGAAAAGGAAAAAAGCAAAAAGCUUACAGAAGAUCUGACUCUUCCACUUCCAUGGGAGGCCGUUCUCGUGGUCACACAAAGGAACUUGCACUCCCUGCAGACGAUUCCCUUAUGUGUCCUCCGUCAUUCCUCACCGGACUCAAACCAGACCUUCAGAUCAAAGACGGGACACGUCUUGAGCUUAAAGUGUCUGUAAAGGGAGAUCCUGACCCUCAGGUGACCUGGACCAAAGACGGGACCCUGAUCUCCUCGUCUGAAAUCAUGGAGGUCAAGUAUAAAAACGGCGUCGCAUCUGUUAUCAUAAAUGAAGUCUUCCCUGAGGAUGGUGGCAAGUAUACUUGCAAAGCUACCAACACCAAGGGAAGCGUUGAAACAUCCUCGAAGGUUCAAAUUCUUCCAAUGGAGAAGAAAGCCAUGAAUGGUGCGACCAAUGGAACAUCUGCACAUAAAUCUCCUCGGGUGUUUGACCACAUCAAAUCUAAGGUGGUCAACGACGGAGAUGCUGUGACAUUGACAGCCAACAUUGGCGGAGCAGACAAAUUUGAUGUUGUUUGGCUUCAUAACGAAAAGGAAAUCAAACCCAGCAAGGAUUUUGAAUAUACCUCCUCCGGUAACAGCUAUAACCUAAUCAUCCACGAGAUAUUCCCUGAAGACUCUGGAACCUAUACCUGCGAAGCGUUCAACGACAUUGGUGAAUGCUUUUCUAGCUGUAGCUUGGUUGUUGAAGUCCCCGGAGAAGAAGUUUUUGCUCCCAAGUUCAAACGGUUCCCAAUUUCUCUCACUGUAGAGAAAUCAUCGGCAGCUUCAUUUGAAGCAGAGCUAGAUGCUCCACCAGCCACUGUCAGCUGGAUGAAGGACGGACGGGAACUGAAGGAACAAGGAAUGAAGUACAGGAUCACAAACAAAGGCACCACGUUGGGUUUGGAUAUUCUUGAAUGUUGUGUAGCAGAUGCCGGCCAAUAUGCUCUUAUUGUUACAAAUAAGAAGGGGGAGAGCAAAGCUGCAUUCAGUUUGAAUAUUUAAAACAACCAUUUUUAAAUUAGACAUUAUUUUUAAGCAUGGAUUACUGCAUUGAAAUGGACAAAGAAAUUGGAUAAUGAAAAGGAAUAUUACAAUGGAAAAAAACGGCUAGAAAAAGUUUACGGAUUUACAAAUAUGGACACGAAAAAAAACGAAUAAAAAUGACCAUCAAUGAGGGCAAUCCUGGUAAAAAAAAGGUCUGAAAAAUGUCUCCAUAAAAGCUCAUCAACCUCUCUUGGACGCUCGAAUAUAUAUAAUAUAUAAAUAUCAUGAUAAACUGAUUGUUGCAAACUUAUUUUUUUUUAAUGUUGUACAUCUACCUUGAAAAUUGUACAGCCUAUACUGGAGUACUGUAAAAAAAACCUUGUAAUAUCACGCAUAAUAAAUUGUACUAUGUCGGAUCAGAAAAGUCCCUUAUGCACCCCAAAACUUGGAAAGGGUCAUUUCUCACUUGACAUAAAAUAGAAGAGAGCAUAUAAACUAAUUUUUUUUUGUUAUAUUUUUGUUUUUAUCAUUUUUGGGAAAGUGCAUAACGGUCUUUGGAAAAUCGGUCGCAUCCCACGCGACCGUUUAUUCAUCGUUCGUUUUGUUCUUAGUUCCCGACGAAUCACUGGAAAUUUUUAUUGAUUUUUGAAUGAAAGAUAAAUGUUGGCAGAUGAAGAAACGAAUGAAUGCUUAAAAAAGUGUGAAUUAAAUAAAUUAUUUUAUAUUUAA